CUCUCCUCAGACAAAUCUCUCAGAGUGAGUACGAUGUCGCACGAAGGAACGGAUUAGUUUGUCUUGCAGUGAGUAAUUUCAGUGCCUAAGCUUCUUAUUGCUUGCACGUGCAAAGCGUCGACUGUGUUCUCCUGUCGAGACGGGAAGAUACAACUCGCUUUUAGUUAUGUUCUGGACGCGGGGGCCCUGGGGGGGGAUGUAGGGCUUUAACACUUAUUGAUAACCGCACGUGCUAAGUGCCUCCUACUUACCAAGAUUUUGCGCGGUGUGAGUAGCUUUUUUCUCAUCAAAGGAUGUGAUAGUGUUUCAUAAGAUACGAUUAGGCUUGACAAAAUUGGACAUUCCUUGCGCCAUGUUGACUUGUGGAAUAGAAGUUCCACAGUACCAUCAGGAUUAUUUCCCUUUCUUACGAUUUGUCGCGUUCUUUCCCUGCAUGUCACGCUUAUUCAUCUGUUGAUGUUUUAAUAUUUCAUUAAAAAAAAAACUGGACACUUUAAGAAAACUGUUCUAUUUUAUGCAGAAUUUAUUUUGAUGUAAUUUUAAAUUGAUCUAAAGGAAAAAUAAGGAGCAGAAGCAUAGAUCUAAAGUUCUAUGACACAGUGUAGAUCUAAUGUUCUGUGUGUAAACAAGCAACAAAUAUAUUUCUAACUUGUUUAUACAAUUCUCGGAUUCGUGCGCUGUGUUAUGAUUUGUAUAUUCUGAAGGUCAAGGUUUCUCCAGUGACCAGUGAGUGAUGGUCUUAAAUUGUCGUCAGGAGUUGGAUUCGGUCAGUAAGGAGCAAGCGUAUCGUUCAGAUCUAGCCAUGAUUUCAGAGCGGACAUCACCUUCCAACAGAAGCAUGAAUGACAAGAACAUAGUCAACGACAGAGAGACUUUCCAUUAUCCUGGCAGCAGGCACGACACCAGUUUGCUCUCCCCUGUCACUAGCCAUAGUCCAGCAAGCUCGCUAGCCGAGUGCUCCACCGAUGGUGAGACUGAUCCCUACUCCAACGACCUGGACCAACAGCGCAAAGGUCAUUCUUUCCACUCGUCGCUAUACUUCCUUCAGUCAGGGCAACACGUCACAUCCGCCCUCACUAAACCGGAAGUAAAAAAGUGUCCCCGUAAAAGGAACUUCACACUUUUGGACGAGGAUUCCAAAAGCGAAACACUGGAGAACGUUAGUCCCGGGUACCAACAGCGCGAGAACCUUUUCACCGAACCUACCUGUCAAGAACAAUCCUCAGACAGCGGUGACGCCAGUGCGGCGAUGACAGGACCCAGUAGCAGGAAAAAGGUAAAGAAGCAGACACAGUCCAUGGAAGACCUCCAGAAUCAGAGAGUCAUGGCCAACGUGAGGGAGAGGCAGAGGACGCAGUCACUCAACGAGGCGUUCUCCCAGCUCCGGAAAAUCAUUCCAACGCUCCCGUCUGAUAAAUUGAGCAAAAUCCAGACAUUGAAGCUGGCGUCUCGGUACAUUGACUUCCUGUAUCAAGUUCUCAGAAGCGAUGAAGCAGACACUAAGUUGAAUAGCAGUUGUAGUUAUGUGGCCAGUGAGAGGCUGAGCUACGCUUUCAGUGUCUGGAGGAUGGAGGGGGCAUGGUCAACGCUUGGACAUUAAAUUUGGGCAUUUCACUUAUGUACAAUGUAACAGAUACAGAUACCUCAUGGCCUUCACUAGUGGACUUCUUUGGACAGACAUCUUUCAUUGGAACUUAAUUCGAUGACAUUUGAUUCAACAGUGACACGAUGUGUGCCAGAGAAAAGAGGAUGAUCCAGACGUCCAAUCAAACAUUCUGUGAUUGAUAAAUAAACAAAACAAACCUUUAUUGACCUUCCAGGUCUGCUGUUUAAAACGAUAUUUUUAUAUUGAUAUAAUUGAUUAUUUCACAUAUUUUCUAUUGAAUGUUAUUUUGUUCUGUUUGGACCUAUAUAGGCCUAUAUAUAUAUAUUCGUCCUCUCCCAAGUGCCACUUCGAUAUAUAUACAUUUUGUUGGAGUUCGUUUUACAUGUCCACAUCUGGCGUCGCUCGAACUCCAGAGGUAAAGAAAAAGGUGAACAGUAUAAUUUAACUAAGAAACAAUAGGAACUCGAAUCUUCGGAAUUGACUUUUUUUUUUAAACGUAUCUUCCCUUUUCUUUCUUUUCUUAUGCGCUGGUAAUGUGCAUGAACAGAAGACAUAUAAUCAGAGUGAUAGUUCCGUAUUAUCUAUUAAAAUAAGUGUUUCUUUAACCAGUGCCUGUGGGCCACAUGUGGCCCUAUGACAAACAAUUUCAUUUAAGUUUCGCAUGACUUUGUAGCAAUGUUUCACAAUUUCUACAAUGUUAUAAUAUCCAACACAAACUUUAUAGGUUAUAAAUGAUUGAAUAUCUGAAAAAAAUCUUUAUAGGUAAUAAAUGAUUGAGUAUGUAACACAAUCUUUAUAGGUAACAGAUGAUUGAAACAUGUAGCCAAUAUAAUUUUUGUCACAAUUAGAUAAACUCAUGUAUGUGACUAAAGACAUGUCUUUUAUUUCUGGAAAUAAAUAACCAGCCACAUU